AUGAAUGAGCUUGGUAAGGACAAGAACAAAGAGACAACUUCGAGUCCUCUCCCUAAAGAUCUUCAAGAUCUUGUGGACAAGGAAGAAGCGGAUAGAGAAAUUCGUGCAGACUACGAAAAUUCAUGGACCGAAACAUCUUCGGACCAAGCCUUUUCCAAACGACUGGAUAACGUUUCCACCGAAUCUGGGAACACAAUAGAAAAGCUGAAAGAUCAACUGCUGAAUAGAGGAACGGAAAAGGAGAAGCAAUGA